AUGUCUCCUCUUGCACCCUUUGCCCGCGUUUUGCCCAGCGCCGCCACGCGGGCAAGCAACCUCCUCCGGGCCAUUCAGUUCACUCACCCGCCAAACUGCCCCUGCCAUUCUAACCCCAACUAUCACAAGACGGCCCCGACGAGCUUCACGCAACGGAAUUUCGAAAAGAACAGGCAGUAUGGCGUCUCUACUGAUAGCCAAAUCUCCAAGGAGUAUGCCUUUGAAAUGGCGGCGUCGUCUAUCCGCUUCGGCCCCGGUGUCACUCAGGAAGUAGGCAUGGACCUGAAGCACCUCGGCGCGAAAAAGGUUGAGGAGAGCUUAGCAAGGGAAGGAGUCAACUACGUCGUCUACAGCAACGUCGCCAUUGAACCCAAGGACACCUCCGUCAAGGACGCCAUCAACUGGGCCAAGGCCGAAAACGUGGACGCCUUCCUCGCCGUCGGCGGCGGUUCCGGCCGCCCCGUCGACCGGGCUCUCAAGCCCCUCAUCGCCAUCCCCACGACGGCGGGCACCGGGUCCGAGACGACGGGCACCGCCAUCUUCGACCUGACGACGCACCGCGCCAAGACGGGCGUCGCCCACCGCAACCUCAAGCCCCUCCUCGGCAUCUGCGACCCGCUCAACAUGCGCACCAUGCCCAGCGCCGUCAAGGCCAGCUCCGGCCUGGACGUCCUGUGCCACGCCCUCGAGUCGUGGACCGCUAUUCCCUACACCGAGAGGAGCCCUCGGCCCCCGCACCCCCUGCAGCGGCCCGCCUACCAGGGCGCGAACCCCAUCAGUGACGUGUUCUCGCUGCACGCUCUCAAGAGGACGGUCAAGUAUCUGCCCCGAUCCGUGCGGGAUCCCGAUGACCUCGAGGCCCAGAGCGAAAUGUUGCUUGCUGCGACGUUGGCCGGCAUCGGCUUCGGUAACGCGGGCGUGCACUUGUGCCACGGCAUGUCGUAUCCCAUCUCCGGCCAAAAUCCCGGCUACUUCCACGCCGGCUACGAAGUCUCCAAACCCCUCAUCCCCCACGGCGUCUCCGUCGCCGUCACCGCGCCCUCCGUCUUCCGUUUCACCGCCGCAUCCAACCCAGACCGCCACCUUGCCGCCGCCGAGGCCUUUGGCGUCGACGUGACCAACGCCCGCCGCGAGGACGCCGGCGAGAUUCUCAGCGACGCCAUCGCCUCCUUCCUGGAAGAGUUGGGCGACCAGCCCAGGGCCUGCGCGCGCUCGGUUAUCGACAUGUUUCAUAGCUUUGACCCUGGCGAUCCUCCACGCAGCCCGCGCCGGGGUUACGACGUGCCCGCCAUCGCCGCCUACAACUUCGAGGGCGUCGUCGCCAUCAUCCGCGCCGCCGAGAACCUGCGCUCCCCGGCCAUCAUCAUCCUGUUUCCCUGGAGCCUGCAGUACGCGGGCGCCACCUUUGUGCGCGCCGCCGCCGACGCCUGCCGGACGGCCGAGGUGCCCGUCUCCCUGCACCUCGACCACUGCCAGGACCCAAAGCUGGUGCGCGCCGCCGCCGACAUCGAGGCGGGGUUCGACAGCAUCAUGUGCGACACCAGCCAUAGCGAGCGCGCCGAGAGCUUGGCUCUCACUCGCGGGGUACUGACGACGCCGGAGCAGGCGCUGGAGUUUGUCGACGCUGGCAUCGAUCUUCUUGCGCCUGCGUUUGGCAACGUUCACGGCGAGAGGGUUCAUCUCGUGCUUCAUGGUUCGGACCCGUUUGAUGAGGACACCUUUCAGCGCUGCAUCGAGGCGGGAAUUACCAAAGUCAACCUUAACAAGGGGAUGAAUUCACAUUAUCUGAGGGUGCACAAGGAGAUGCAGGGACAGCCACUGACGGCCAUUAUCGAAAAGGCAACUGACGCGAUGCAGGGAGCAGUCGAGACAUAUAUGAAGUGGCUAAGAAGUGCCGGGAAGGCAGUCUGA